AUGCCGCUCACCCUCUACACCUGUCUUCUCCUGCUGAUGACCAGUGGCCUUUGGACCAUCCGGGCUCAGGAUACCAAUGAGACUGUGAACAUCAGGAGUCAUUAUCGGAAACUAGCUCCAAGCAACAUUCACUUUGCCUUUAAGCUGUUUGAAUACCUAAAUUUCUUUGCUCCUGAUAAAAAUGUCUUCUUCUCCCCUAUAAGCAUCUCUCUGGCCUUGUCCAUGAUGGCCUUCAGUGCUGACAAAGAGACAGGCACAAAGAUCCUUGAAGGCAUAGGCUUCAAGUACAGUCCAAUCCCCGAGACCGAGAUCCACGACAGACUCCAGGAACUUAACCACCUCCUCAGGCAGUCAGAUGGCAACUUUGAAAUGAGCAUGGGAAACACAUUGUUCUUCAAGAAGAACCGGAGACCUUGGGAUUUAUCCACAAAUAACAUCAAGCGCUACUAUGGGAUGGAGAAUGUGGCUAUAGAUUUCAAAAACUGGACCAGAAGCAUCAGUCAAAUUAAUGAGUAUAUGCAAAAUAAGAUAUGGGGGGAUGUCACAGACUUGCUCUAUGCGUUGAAGGACCCAACCCCCUACACGCUGCUCAACUACAUCUUCUUCACAGGACUUUGGGCACAACCCUUUGACCCAGACAACACCAAGUUGGAGAACUUCUUUGUAGAUGACAAGACCAUAGUGAAGGUACCCAUGAUGACCCAGACAAGCGUCUUCAAUUUCCUGUAUGACCCAACACUAAGCUGCCUGGUAGUACAGCUGGACAAUGUAGGCAGCAAAACCACACUGAUGGUCCUUCAGGACAGAGAAAAGAUGGACUGGCUCAUCAAUGAACUGACAGAGGAUACCCUGAUUAGGUGGUUCCAGUCCAUCGUCACCAGCCAUCUAGAAGUCCACAUCCCGAGACUCUCCCUGUCUGGCACCUAUGAGCUCAGGGACGCCAUGAAUGCCUUGGGUAUCAUAGACUUGAAGAAUAAGCAGACAAACCUGUUUGGCAUUACAGGCUGUUCCAAGCGGAAGCUGUCAAAGAUGCUGCAUGUGGCCAAGCUGGAAAUCAAAGAAAAUGGCAUGGAACCCGAGGUCUCCAUAGAUGACAGCAUGUAUAGGAAGCUCACACCUACCAUAAUCCGCUUUGACCGACCCUUCUUCAUCAUGGUCUUUGACAAAGUCUCCUGGAGCAUUCUUUUCCUGGGAAAGGUUAUUUAUCCCAUCUAA